CGUGUAGACUACCACUUGAAAGAUAAGCUGGCCACACUGUUUGGCUUGAAACUACUCUUGAAAUGUAACAAUUUAGCCACUUCAGAUUCUAAGUUUAACCCCAGACUACUAAAAUGUGUCGAAUUGAAUCACUUUCUCUAACGUACUUAAGGACGCUUCGAUGUAGCUUAUCAGAUUUCGCAGAAGUCUGCUGAUUAGAUACCAAACCGGGCCGGCAGAAUAUCGCGAGAUAAUUUGCCAAAAUUAGUUUCCGACUGAUUGCCCCGAAGCAUAGUCCAAGAUGGAGUCACUGGAGCGUAAAUACAUCCAGCAGUUCGUGUCCUCCAGUGUGGCAACGGAAGUAAAAAACAGACUAACCAAAUGCUACGAUCGGCUGCUACGAGCCGGGACCGAACUUGGAGCUCCUCAGUCUGGAACAUUCUACGAAAUACGUUCAAGAGGUGAAAUUCAAGCAUUUCUAACUGCGAUCUGCUCGCCGACGGAAGUGGACCCUCUGCUGGAUGUCAAUUCUUCACGCGUCACCGAAUGGAGAGCGCUGGCGCUGAGAAAAUUGUCGAGUUCCCUCGUCGGGACUCGAAUGAUGCUGGUUCCGCUGGUGUUUGUUUCGCUGGAGACGCACCAAAAGUACCGGAUCUACGAAUCCUUGCUGGUGAAGUCAGUGACCGCGGGGAGUGAUGUGACGUUCUACGACAUGAAAGGUCGCCGCUUUUGGCGGUUUGAUCAGUUUCUCGACGGCGGUGGCUUCCCGUAUGGCAUACUGUGCUACUCGGGAUCGAACGGGUCGCUGGAGUACCAGAUUGUUGGAAUGAAGUCGGUCGUUACAAGGACGACCGACGCGCUGUUUGGUACUUUGAGUAUCAUCGGAAGUGUUGGGCUGAUUUUUGCGUCCGAAUCUUUGGCGUUGCCGAUUGGGUUAGGAACAACUUUGUCCAACAUCUAUCUGGUAGCCAGAGGAAUCUACAAUUUUCUUCGAGUGGAGCAUCAUAGCGACUUAAAUCCGGUACGAACCACUUCGAUCAACCUGCUGCUAGCGGCACUAAAUUUUAUCUGCAUUGGAUUGGUGUCUAUGCCCUGCGUCGUGGGACCAUUUCAGGGAUUAAGCGCGUCACAGAUUACGCUUCUGGGAGGUUGCGCAAUAUCAAGCUUCUUCUGGAUGAUGCAAAACCAGCUGAAUAUGUCCAUCGGAUAUUGGUGAAUGGAACAAAGUGUUGGAAAUAUUUUUAUUUAUUUAGCAUAUUGCAACCAAAAAGUAUAAAUAAAGUACCUUAUAUCUGAUAACAACCAAAAUCAGCUUUCAACACUGUUUUUGAAUCCACCUCCAACAAGGCUAGUUAGAAUUGAGCUUAAACGUUAAGGUUUGUGUCCGAGCUAUACACUAUCAGCUUUUUUUAGUACAGCAUACUAUGUUUACCUCAAAGUUUAUCUGCUC